AUGAAGGUUUGUCGCCAUCUGUUCUUACACGUUCCGCAUGUUGAUGCACCAACAGGUGAUUCUAUGAACAUGAAAUACGAUCCUAAAACUAUUUUUAAUCGUGCCAUCUCUCUAUGUGAUCGUUUGGCUAAUGAAGUGGACAGAAUUCGAGCCAGUUAUUGGCAGUAUCGUGCUCGUCAAUUGACGUGUUUCGCCAAGAAAUUCAACUUACCAUGUGAUAUCAUCACAUCAUAA